CAUUGAAUUGGAUUCUUGAACCAGAGCCAUGUGAACCUGGUCCACCUGUACCUCUUAUUGAAGACCUGUUAACAUCACCAGAGUAUGUUCAUUCUGAUACCCCUAUGGUAUGGUUACAGCAUGCAUUAUCCCUGAAUCCAUUAAAAGAGCUGCAUUGGCAACGAAACAACCCAAUGUGGUCGAUUGUAAGGAAAUAUAGCAUAUCAGCUUCCAACUUUGGUGCAGUUCUCAGUUCUAAGCAAAGGCGAUUGACAUUGUCACUGAAGAAACAGCUGAUGUCGGCUUACAAUCUGGAGUCCAUCAAGGCUGUUGCAUGGGGUAUCACUCAUGAAGAUGAUGCUUUGAGAAAGUAUGAAAAGGACUUAGAUGCAGCUGUAGAGCAGUCAG